CCGCACUGCAUCCUGGCCGUAGUCCCCUCACCCACCAUGACCAGCAGCCGCGGCGACACGUAAAAUUAAUUCAAUUGACUGCAUCCCAGCCUGGACGUUCUUUGAAAGAAAUUAUAGUCCUAUCUAAAGCUAUGCGACACCACUGUCUGCAGCACCUGCGACGCGCAGCACUCCAACGGCCUGCCUCUGCAAGACACUUCACCACUGGCUCCUGCCUGCGCCGCGACUUCCAAGAAGGCGACUAUGUCCUCCUCCGCGAGAAGAGGGACACGCACGACGGCACCCUCAUAAAACUUAAGUCCUCCAAGACGACAGUCAACCACCGCGGCAUCAUAGAGCAUGCCGACAUACUCGGCAAGAAGCCGCGACAGCUGGUGCAGUCGUCCAAGGGCAUCUCGUACCGCAUACACGAGCCCACGUUAGCAGAGUAUGUCCGCUUGACGCCGCGUCUCGUUACUCCUAUCUACCCCGCCGACACCAACCUCAUCGUCUCUCUGCUCGAUCUCCACGUCGACACGCCCUCCAAUCUGCUGAACACGGAGCCACCUCUGGAGAUACUCGAAGCAGGCACAGGCCAUGGAGCCCUGACGCUGCAUCUCUCGCGCGCCAUACACGCAGGAAACCUGCCUCUGCCCAGAGCAUCGACACAUGUCUCAAGCAGUCAGGAACCCGACGAUGCCGAGGAUGCUGUGUACCUUGGAGAGUCGGUCUCGGACCUGCAAGAGUCAUUCCUCGAGUCAUGGAAGACGAACCGUCGCGCCAUUGUGCACACGCUGGACAUAUCGAGCAAGCACUCCACGCAUGCGAAGAAGAUAGUGGCAGGCUUCAGAAACGGCAUAUAUGCACGCAAUGUCGACUUCCACGUGGGUGAUGUGUCUGCGUGGAUUGCAGAGCAGAGGGCAGCAAGGAAGACUGAAGAACCCUUCUUGGCACACGUCUUUCUGGAUCUGCCCAACGCAGACCACCAUCUAGCAAACGUAGCUCCGGCACUGCACGUGAACGGGCGGCUUGCUGUUUUCAACCCAAGCAUUACCCAGAUCGCCGAAUGCGUUCACGUCAUUCGAGAGCAGAAAAUGCCCUACCUGCUGGACCAGGUCAUUGAGCUGGGAGUUGGUGCCAUCCGCGAGUGGGAUGUUCGCCCCGUGAAGCCAAGGGCAACUCUACGGAAGGAGGAAGCAUCACAGUCCUUAAGCGAGGAGACCAUUGAUCCAGUCGAAGGCCAAGAGAUGAGAGACACGGAACUGGCAGAGGAUCUGGCUAAGAAUGAGGAGAAGUGGGCGAUGGUUUGCCGACCCAAGGCAGGUCAGAUGGUUGUGGGCGGUGGGUUCCUCGGCAUUUGGCGCCGUAUGGAGACUUAUGCGAGUAAAGAGACGAAGCUUGAGGAAUAGUAGCCGAUGUGUCAAGCCAUUCAGCUUGUAUGAUGUAUGCGUACGAAUACCACACAGCGCGGCUACAUGUGCUUUGCAUUACCAAAAGCAAAUCUGACAG